GUCAGGUUCUAUCCUACCAGAACUCGCAGUAGUGGGCGGGGGUGGCACCAUAAAGGUGAUCCUAACACAAACAGACGGCCACAAAAGGUGACAAAUCCAAGGCAACGGACUUGCCAUGGAGUCGCCGGGACCGCUUCGGCUGGCCACGCUCCUCAGGACCGCUGUCGUAUGUUAGAACUCCGCUGGUAAAUUGACAGCUCCACCACCAGACAUCGAUUUUUCCAGGUUACCCCACACUCCACUCGAACAAGUUGUGACACUGUUUCCACGUUCACCCAAAUAUUUGCCGGGCCGCCAGCCGCAGCUAUUGAUCGCUGAGCCAUCCAGUAUGAAGGAAGAGAAGCAGACCAGUGCAGAUCCAUCUACAAAAGUCUCUUCAACAUGACUGAAAAAUCACAAAGUUAACGUGUGGGAAACUUCCUACAAUGGAAGAACAUAAGACUAUGUGAAGACAAAACUCUGACAUUUUUUCUAUCAUUCCGUCCAUUUAUAGUAAGAAAAAUGUCAUCUCAAGGUGAAGAUAAGGCGCUGAUAUUCCGUCUUUCCGAUAACGUGCCGGAAGUGGUACGACAAGUUCUGUUGGAGCGCUCGUGGUUAGAGUGGGAUGAAGACCUACACGAGGAGUAUGACUGGAACUUGCACUGGCGUACAACGAGAUUCCGAGUCUCCGACUAUAAUCAGACGAUGUCAUGGCAGCGGCUCAACCACUACCCGAAGACAGACGCCAUCACGAAGAAGGACUGUCUGGCUCGUAACCUGCGGCGCAUGAGAGGCGUGUAUGGCCCGACGGUCUACAGCUUCAGCCCGCAAGCGUUUAACCUUCCUAACGACUACACAAAGUUUGUAGCAGAGUACACGAAGAUCAAGCAAACAGAACCCGACAAGCCGCACUUCUGGAUAUGCAAACCUGCGGACAUGUCGCGCGGGCGCGGGAUUUUCAUAUUCCGUGACCUCGGCGAGCUGACGUACGACUGUCAAGCCGUGGUGCAAAGAUACAUGACCAACCCGCUGCUCAUAUCCGGUUACAAGUUCGACCUCCGUAUCUACGUCUGCGUACCGAGUUUCCAUCCCCUGACGGUCUACAUCUACCAGGAGGGUAUUGUACGCUUUAGCACCGAGAAGUUUGACCUCUCCACUAUUGACAAUGUCUUCUCCCAUCUUACCAACACCAGCAUCAACAAGUUUAGCCCCUCCUACUCUACAGACAAAGAGCGCGUAGGGCCAGGGUGCAAGUGGACCUUGUCGCAGCUCCGGACGUAUUUCCACCAAUCCAAUCUCGAUGACCGCAUGCUGUGGCAACGGAUCAGCAAUAUCGUGACCUUGACGCUGCUGUGUCAGGUUCCGACUGUUCCGAAGGCGCCGUACUGCUGCGAGCUGUUCGGUUUCGACAUACUGAUAGACGAGAAUAUGAAGCCGUGGCUGCUGGAGGUGAACUUCAGCCCCGCCCUGAGUGUGGACUGCCAGGCUGACUUGAUAGUCAAGAAGCCGAUGCUGCACGACUUUGUUGAAAUCAUGAACUUCAAGGAGUCGGACUGUGAACGGGGUGGCCAAGAGUUCCGUGCGAGUAAAAUCAACGCAGCCUACAGCGCCUCCUCGCCGCGAUACAGUCGUACUCUCCGGCAUAGGGGCAGCUUUAAUGCUAAGCAGAGUCCCUCGCCAAGGGCGGGCAUGGUUUCCACAGGGAACGGGAAAGGCCUGAAGCAGGGGUCGUCCCGUACUAGCCCGACGUUGCCUCCUCUGUCACCGCGCCGCGGCUCCACCACAAGCCUGGGUAGCAGCACCAGCAGUCAGAGCCCCAGUCUCAGUGGAGACGACGCAACUGUAGAAGAGGACGGAGAUGGUUGCCAUAGAGACGGUAACCAUGGUGAGGGCGAGGAGGAAAGUCGACUAGAGCCCAUCAAGGAGGGACGUAGAACCGACUACACCUCCCCGAGGACCACGCCUGUCCAGAAUCUAAAUCGGAGGUUGUCGCUUCCUGAGGUUCAAGGCCAGACUCCCGGUCAGAGGAAGAAAAUGUCGUUCCAAGUAAGGAGGGAAAAAAGCAAGAGCCAUAAAAUCACCACGGCAACUGCAGCGCGCAGGGCACAGAUGUUAGAGGAGCAACGAAUCAAAACAAAGUCUGCCCCCUCCACAGACCAAGUGGCCAAUCCCGGCAGUGCCUCUCCUAAGUCAUCAGCCAACCAGGAGGCAGUUUCAAAUGAUGAACAGGGCAGUGCAUCAACCAAUGAUAACAAGUCUUCUGAAAAGGGAGCCAAUGAAAACAUUGUGGAAGAAGAGACAGAUGAGAGUAGUACAGGAAACAAAGGUGUCUCUGCUGAAGAAGACACCUCAACCGUAACUAAUACCCAAGAUAAGACAUCAGUUACUAAACCAAAGGUGCAGAGCCCCAGGAGAAGGUACUCUUAUCCCUUAAACCGACAAUCUAACCAAUCUGCACAGGUGGGAAAUUCAGGUGUGAACAGAACUGAUACUGGGCGUAGGGUCAGUCUGUCCAGUACCCCCACUUCCAUGACAAGCGGUAGCAGGCCGCGUAGACCACUGUACCAGAGAACUACUAAUGUCGCUCAGGACUCCGAGAACAAGAACAGGGCGCAGGGCCCGCUGCCCCGGGUAGGAGAUUUCAUCCUCACGUAUCCGUUCAACGAGGCGACGAAGAAGGCGUCGUGGCCGAACGUGGACCAGCGGUCGAUCAUUCGUGAGCUGCAGAAGCAGCUGAGACAGACGCUGAAGCACGUCCAGACGUGUAAGACACAGCGCACGACGCAGGAUAUCAUCACCGGGGGCAACAUGAUGACCAACAUGUACGGGCAGGGGCAGAUGGAGGACAGCAUGAGGUGGGGCCCUGUGGCCUUGACGACCACAGGUCACGGAUAAUCUGCAGGUUUUGUCACCUUGAGUAUACUACAAGGUCAACCUGCAGAAGUUGGUUACCAGGGUAACAUGUUUCCAUGACAACCAUGCAAUAACAAUACCAAGCUGCUGCUUUGAAGGAAGAUGUCACUGACCCGAUGUACAAUAGUAAAGACUUUAAGAAUUUGUCACCAAGGAACAGUUCUUGAACAAGUUUUAAGGUUGCUCAUGCACUCCUUGUGUGACAGUGUUACCCAGAGAGUUCCAGAUGUUUACUACUGGGUAUAUAGCUUGCCAGCUGUAUACAUGUGAAGGAAGCACAUGUAUCAGGUGUCUAAUGUAUACUACUGCUACUUUUAAGUAAGGCUACACCAAUUUAAUUAUACGGUUCUGGGAUCUUUCUGAAGCAACAGGGUGAAAAA